AGCUGGUGAUGAACACAAGUCCCUCUGCGGCACUCGUUCACUUCUGCAGAAAAUUUUUGCAGAUAUAAAUUUUUCCCCAAAAUUUAUUGUGGUUCAAACACUAAAAAUCUCCAUAAAAUCUCACAAUUGUGCCACUUUUUCGGUGCAAAAAAAAUGCUGAGAGAGCUUUUGGAUUACAUAUACCUUUUUGCUGAAUGAAAGUGAAUAAAAAACCAGAAAUUUGUGUCUCGGUAGUGAUUACAUAAAUUUUUAGUGUGGCUCUCUCUGCUGCCUGGGAAAAGCCCCGCGGGGGAACAAAGAGACAAGAAAGAUAAAAAAAAAACUUCUUUUACCUCUGCAGAAGAUUUAUUGCGAAAAAAUCCACUUUUAUGGAGCUUUUCUACUGCAGCGAAAUAGAAAAUUUCGCAAUACAACGUCCAAAAUCAAUAAAAUCGGUGCCUAUGCAAAUGUUUUAGGGCGUGUUCACAAUUUUCUCUACAUGCACUUAAAUUUCCAUCCCUUCAUAUAAUAAAUAUUCACCUGAGUAUAAUUCCAACAAACGUGUAGAGAAUUUCCUUGUAAAAGCUUCUGAGUGGUGCAUACAAAAUAGCUACAUAUAUUCGUGCAAAUUCUCAACGAAUAGCAAUUAGUGGACGGAGAAAACGCACGGGAGGAAAAUUUUGUGAUAAAAAACCAACAUUUUUCAUAUAAAAAAAACGUUUUUAAAACUUCAUCGCUGAAGCACAAUUUUAAUAGAAAAAAAAACAUAUAAAAAAAUAUAUAAAAAUCGUAUUAGCAGAAUAUAAAAAAAAUUUACAUAACAUAGUGAUUUAGUGCUAUUUAGAAGUUUUCACAAUUUGGAAUAAUUACGUAAUUAUUCAAUAUAUAUUAUUUCAUUUAUAUGUGUGAGUGUGUGAAUUUAAAAGUUCUCCAUAACUACAAGUUUCUCUUUAACUGCAAGCCAGUGACUCUCAUAGUCCUCUGAAUUCUACAGCAAAGCGCGCAGCCACCCCCUUGUUAUUGCUUUUGGGGUGCCUUUUGUCAUCCACAAGAGCACAUAUAACAUUUUGGAUACAAAAUACAUAUUUGCCGGCUGAACAAUGGGUGAACCUGUGGCCAAUACAAAAUCGUCUGAUGGAAACACCUCAUUUCUUCGAGCGGCACGAGCCGGCAACCUUGAUAAGGUGCUCGAGCAUCUGAAGAACAACAUAGACAUCAAUACAUGCAAUGCUAAUGGCCUGAAUGCCCUACAUUUGGCAUCGAAGGAUGGGCACGUUCAUGUGGUGGCGGAGCUACUGCGACGAGGCGCCACCGUGGAUAGUGCCACGAAGAAGGGGAAUACAGCACUGCAUAUUGCAUCCCUUGCCGGGCAGGAGGAGGUGGUGAAGUUGCUACUGCAGCACGGGGCGUCCGUGAAUGUGCAAUCGCAAAAUGGUUUCACGCCACUCUACAUGGCGGCACAGGAGAAUCACGAUUCAGUCGUGAAGCUCCUCCUGUCGAAUGGUGCCAAUCAGAGUUUGGCCACAGAGGAUGGAUUUACACCACUGGCGGUGGCAAUGCAGCAGGGUCACGAUAAAGUUGUCGCUGUCCUCCUGGAGAGCGAUACACGCGGGAAGGUUCGCUUGCCAGCACUCCAUAUUGCUGCCAAGAAGGAUGACGUGAAAGCUGCAACACUUCUCCUUGAGAAUGAUCAUAAUCCCGACGUGACAUCUAAGUCAGGUUUCACGCCACUUCACAUUGCGUCUCAUUACGGGAACGAAGCGAUCGCUAAUUUGCUAAUUCAGAAGGGAGCAGACGUGAAUUAUGCUGCAAAGCAUAACAUCAGCCCCCUACAUGUGGCAGCAAAGUGGGGUAAAACCAACAUGGUGUCGCUGUUGCUGGAGAAGGGAGCCAACAUCGAGAGCAAGACCCGAGAUGGGCUGACACCCCUUCACUGUGCUGCACGUUCGGGUCACGAGCAAGUUGUGGAUAUGCUGCUAGAGCGUGGAGCUCCCAUAAGUGCAAAGACAAAGAACGGCCUGGCCCCACUACACAUGGCAGCACAGGGAGAACAUGUGGAUGCUGCCCGAAUCUUGCUGUAUCACCGUGCACCCGUGGACGAGGUGACUGUUGACUAUCUCACAGCUCUUCACGUGGCCGCUCACUGUGGGCACGUGCGUGUGGCCAAGUUGCUGCUGGACAGGAAUGCCGAUGCAAAUGCUCGUGCUCUCAAUGGCUUCACCCCAUUGCAUAUUGCGUGCAAGAAGAACAGGAUCAAGGUGGUGGAAUUGCUGCUGAAGCACGGCGCAAGUAUCAGUGCUACGACCGAGAGUGGGCUCACACCUCUUCACGUUGCCUCCUUCAUGGGGUGCAUGAAUAUUGUGAUCUACCUGCUCCAACACGAUGCCAGUCCCGAUGUGCCCACCGUACGUGGCGAAACACCGCUUCAUCUUGCAGCCAGAGCUAACCAGACUGACAUCAUUCGGAUUUUGCUGCGAAACGGUGCCCAAGUGGAUGCAAGAGCUCGUGAGCAACAGACACCACUCCACAUUGCUUCCCGCCUCGGGAAUGUGGACAUUGUUAUGCUCCUCCUUCAGCAUGGUGCGCAAGUGGAUGCUACCACCAAGGAUAUGUACACAGCACUCCAUAUUGCAGCCAAGGAGGGCCAAGAUGAGGUGGCUGCUGUAUUGAUUGAAAAUGGCGCCUCAUUGGAUUCAGCAACAAAGAAGGGCUUCACCCCACUACACCUUACGGCCAAGUAUGGGAACAUCAAGGUGGCGCAGUUGCUGCUGCAGAAGGAUGCCCCUGUUGAUGCGCAGGGAAAGAAUGGGGUGACACCCCUUCAUGUGGCUAGUCACUAUGAUCACCAAAAUGUGGCCCUUUUGCUGCUGGAGAAGGGUGCCAGUCCCCAUGCAACGGCAAAGAAUGGCCAUACUCCCCUUCACAUUGCUGCCCGGAAGAAUCAAAUGGAUAUUGCCACGACUCUGCUCGAGUAUGGCGCUCAGGCGGAUUCUGAGAGUAAGGCUGGGUUCACGCCACUCCAUCUCAGUGCACAGGAGGGUCAUGGUGACAUGUCGACCCUUCUGCUUGAGCACAAAUCAGAUCCAAAUCAUCAGGCUAAGAAUGGUCUCACCCCAAUGCAUCUCUGUGCGCAGGAGGAUAAAGUCAAUGUGGCACAGAUCCUCCAGAAGGCUGGAGCUGACACUAAUGCCGUCACCAAGGCCGGCUACACUCCACUCCAUGUUGCUUCACACUUUGGGCAAGCCAAUAUGGUUCGCUUUCUCCUUGAGAAUGGUGGUCAAGUGGAUUCAUCCACUCAGAUUGGGUACACACCCCUUCAUCAGGCCUCCCAGCAGGGGCAUAUUCACAUUGUAACCCUUCUCUUGGAGAACAAUGCCGACCCGAAUGCUGAGACACAGAAUGGUCAGACCCCAUUGCAUAUUGCACAGAAACUCGGCUACAUUAGUGUUCUAGACUCCCUCAAGGCGGUCACAGAUGAGAAGACCUCACCGGCACAGACAGUGACCAUUGAUGAGAAGUACCGCGUUGUGGCUCCAGAGGCAAUGCAUGAAACCUUUAUGUCGGACUCCGAGGAAGAAGGAGGUGAAGACACUGUGUUGAGUGAUCAACCCUACCGCUACUUGACGGUGGAUGAGAUGAAGUCACUGGGAGAUGAUUCUCUGCCAAUUGAUGUGACACGCGAUGAGAGGAUUGAUUCCAACAAGAUGGUCCAGAGUAGUGAUUCUGGACAGAUGCCACCAACAGCUCUCGAGGACAGCAUUAGCCCACAGCAUGCUAACGUAGUUGGGCGUACAUACACCGAUGGGAAGUACAUUCCCGACAAUAUUAACAUCGAGCGGCAUCCUCAGCACUUUGGAAAACUUCACUGGAAAAAUUGGGUGAAUUCCAGUUUCCUGGUAUCAUUCCUCGUGGAUGCACGUGGUGGUGCAAUGAGGGGAUGCCGUCACAGUGGGGUGCGCAUCAUUGUCCCGGCACAAUCGGCGGCACAACCAACGCGGAUCACUUGUCGCUACGUUAAACCCCAGAGAACGAUGCAUCCGCCACAGUUGAUGGAGGGUGAGGCUCUUGCUAGUCGCGUCUUGGAACUUGGUCCCGUGGCGGCAAAAUUCCUCGGGCCAGUGAUCAUGGAAGUACCACACUUUGCCUCACUGCGUGGGAAGGAGCGCGAAAUAGUCAUCUUGCGCUCUGACAAUGGGGAAACUUGGCGUGAGCACACCGUGGAGAAUGCCGAUGAGAUCAUUCAUGAUGUUCUCAAUGAAUGCUUUGAGCAAGAAGAUUUGAACCAGCUUGAUGAUUUGGGUGGUGGACGGGUAUGUCGCUUUGUCACCUAUGACUUCCCACAGUACUUUGCUGUGGUUUCACGCAUUCGUCAGGAAGUGCAUGCCAUUGGACCGGAGGGUGGGAUGGUGUCGAGCACUGUUGUGCCACAGGUGCAGGCUGUCUUCCCGCAGGGUGCUCUCACCAAGAAGAUCAAAGUGGGACUCCAGGCACAACCCAUCGAUCCUGAUUUAACUGCAAAAUUGCUGGGACGCGGUGUGGCGACAAGUCCCAUUGUUACUGUUGAACCGCGUCGAAGGAAAUUCCACAAGGCAAUUACGCUAAGUAUGCCAGCACCAAAAGCACACAGCCAAGGAAUGAUAAACCAAUAUUCCGGAAGUGCACCAACUUUACGAUUACUCUGCUCCAUCACAGGUGGACCAUCGAGAGCACAGUGGGAGGAUGUUACGGGAUCGACACCACUUACCUUCGUUAAUGAUUGUGUAUCAUUCACCACGACAGUUUCAGCACGAUUCUGGCUUAUGGAUUGUCGCAAUAUAGCUGAUGCUACAAAGAUGGCAACUGAACUAUAUAGAGAGGCAAUCCAUGUGCCCUUCAUGGCAAAAUUCGUAGUUUUUGCAAAACGCGUAGAUCCCCUUGAGGCACGAUUGAGGGUGUUCUGCAUGACAGACGACAAGGAGGACAAGACGCUGGAGCACCAGGAGUACUUCACAGAAGUGGCCAAGAGUAGGGACGUUGAGGUGCUCGAGGGCAAGUCGCAAUUCAUUGAAAUGGCGGGAAAUUUGAUACCAGUAACAAAGAGCGGUGAACAACUGCAGCUCCCCUUCAAGGCGUUCCGAGAGAAUCGCCUGCCAUUCUCGGUGCGUGUAAAGGACCAGCAUGCAGACACAGUUGGUCGGGCGCUGUUCAUGAGGGAGCCAAAAGUGGCGAAAGGUGAGCCACCGCAGCAACCAAUUUGCAUUCUCAAUAUUGUCCUGCCGGAGGACAUUGUUCCGGACUUUGUGACCUCAAUGGAGGAUGGCAUUGACGGGAGAAUGGACACGGCGGAGAUCUAUAAGCGCCUAAUGCCCAAUAACACCUACCUUGGGGAUCUCCGUGUGGUCGAUAUGUCCAAUCUCCUGGGUGAGGAUUGGGUGAAACUUGCCCCCGAAAUUGGCAUCUCUGAUAUGGAAGUUGAGGAGAUCAUUGAGGAGCAUCCCAGUAGUACAGCACAGCAGGCACAAGCCAUGCUGAGGCUCUACCUCACGAAGAAGAACAAUGACAGAAACAUCCUCGAAAAUGGUCUCAAAGCAAUCAAUCGGGAUGACAUUGUGAAGAGGUGCAUAAAACCCGCCCACAUUGAGCACAUUUCAAAGCGGCACAUCAGCCUCGACGGUAGCCCCUACGAGGAGACGGAUCUCAUGAAAGAUUCUGAAUCCAUUGAAGAAUUGGUGCAAACUGAAGAUAAUCGCUUGAAGCAACUCCAUGAGCGGGAGGAAAUGAAGUAUUCGGCUGAGGAGAAGAUUAUCGAAGAUGAAGAGUCGGAAGAAGAUGAGACGGUGAAGAGAUCAGUUGCCGAGAGGCGACAGAAGAUUGAGAAGAGAUUGUCGGUUGAGCGGCAAAUCCCCGCGUCGACGCAAAAGAAGGAGAUCGUUGAGGAGAUCACGACAAUAAAGCGUCACAGUUUAAUUGAGGAUAAGAAGGCAAAGCACGAGGAGGAAAUUAUGGCACAUACACCUGUUGAGAAUGUCAUUAAGGCCGUGGAUUUGCCGGAGCCCGUGCUGAAGCUUAAGAGUGGCAAUCUCAAGGAGGGCAAUGAUAUUGAUAAGGCGGAAUUUGAUCGUGAGCUGAAGGAUAAAUUCAAGAGCACAGCUAGGGAUGAUUUUGACGAUGGGGUCGAUAGUAAGAUUCACUACGAUAGCACAGUGACGGAGAAGACGCAGAAGGAGGUCGAUGGUGGUGUUGUCACCACGACGAUCACAACGACCAAAACGACCACAAUUGUCGAUCAAGAACCGCAAAUUGUUACCUUCACUGCCACAGAUAUUUCCCGCGAUGGGAGCAAGCGUGAUAGUCUCCAGGAGAAAUUGCUGCGGGAUGAAUUGGAGCGAGAUGAUGUGAUGCGGAAGACAACCAUCAUCCGGGAGAAGGUCACAAUUGAGCCACAAUUGGCGGAAAAAAUUGAAACUUCCUCGCGCUUUGUCGAUGAUCUCAUUGGUGAUGCCGCACAGACGGUUGAUAUGAUCAAGCAGCGCGAUCUUGCUGGGGAAUACACAAAAAUCCUCACUGAUGAGUGUGUCAAAGAGAAGGACAAGCAUGAUGUGAUCGAGGAUGUUUGCAUAGAAAGAGCUGCAAAGGAUAUCACAUUGUCAACACCACCACCAACGCCGGAGCUUCAAUUCCAACGUGAUCCUCUCGAUGAUCGACGUGGGAUCCAAUUCCAAGAUGAUACAACGACUUCAUCUGUGCAAGAUGAUGCAUCGGUGGAUACGGAAAUGUUCCGCGAGGAUCACUUUGGGAGUCUCGAUCAAGUUACAAAACGCAAAGCCGUUUACUGGGCAUCGGCGGAGGAUUUUGACGCACUCAGCCUCCAAUCAUCAGAUGUUAUGGAUGAGAAGCGUCCAACACCAUCGGACACCACGAUUCCCUCGUCAAGUGACAACCAACAGCAACACCAACGCAGACGAUCGCAGCAGAAGGCGCAAUUCAAUUUGCGCUUUGAUGCUCAAGAACCGACUGGGGAUUCCCAAACGACCAGCAUUGGAACGUCUCCAAUCACUAACUUAGUUGAAUCACCAUGCGAUGCUCCGCGAUCUAGUCGUACGGACUCACCGUCUCUGAAGUUAGUGAUUGGACGCAAAGAGCUGAAGACGAGCGACGCAUCAGCGAUCAGCGAGAGCCGUCUCACACUUUACGGCACACAAGAUGUUGAGAUCAGCAUUAGCAGUCAGUCACGAAUUAGCGUGACUACCACCCAUAGCACCAGCACUAGUAGCAGUAGCCGAGAUAGCAGGGAACAGGCUGCAGCUGGUGAGCAGCGCGAUACGCCACGGAAGCAGAAGCGCGAAAAAGUUUUUGAAUCUGAGGAAACCUUUGGGCGUGACGGCAAACGACGAGAGGAAUCGGUGGUAUUCUCAAACAAAAAGAGCAUCCAUCUCUAUGGGAGCUUCGACUCGAAUAGUGAAUCACCUGCCACUGAGCACAGCUACUCGCAUCACAUUACUGACACUGGAAUCUCUCUCACACGUGGCACCUUCACAGAAACCGCAACAAGUCCUGGCAUUCAAGCCACAUCCGAUAAUGUUAAUGAAAAGGGUCGACUGGCUUUGAUCACUGAUACAGCCCUAGAUGUUGAGGUAGAGGAGUUAGAAUUAACUGAUGCAGGAUUAAGUCCAAUCCAACCAGAUGAUCAAGAUAUUGUUAAUAUAGGUUUUCAAAUGGCCACAGAGGAGGACGUUCAGUUCUCCAAUAUGGCCACAAGUCCUGUAGAAUUUGAUGCUUCCAGUUCCGCAGUAGAUACUUCCGAAGCAGGAACCCUUACUGAUCAAGUUAUACUCAAAGAUGCUUCCUCGAGUCCACUCGACGCUAGCACUAGCCUUAGGCAGGAUCUAUCAAAACUCAAAGAGGAAGAUAUCCUACUGACCCGUCGUGGGUCUGGAGAUGUUAAAGCUAAAGUUAAGAUGCUUGAGGACAGUGUCCUUAAAUCUUCCCUUUCUCAGUCUUCGUCCCCAAAGAGAGUAGUAGUUGUUCUUCCAAAAGAACCUAAAGAAAUUAUUCCCAAAUUCAUUCCUUCUGAUGAGAAAACUGAUUCAAGUAAUGAAGAUGAAUCAGCCGUCUCCGAAGAACCUAUUCCACCAAUUCAUGAAAUGAUAAUGCAAAUUGAAAAGAGAAUUGCCGAUGAGUCCACAAGUCGUCACGUGACGAUUUCUGAUCCGCGAAGUCCCCUAAAACGUUCCGCGAGAUCAACAAAAGUCCAACAUACUCACGAACAUGUAGAUGAAGCCAGAAUUUUGGACGACAUUGAAGGUCAGGUAAUAAAACCUGGUGAAACUACUGCAACAGUAGGAAAAGCCCCAGAGGCAGAAGAUCAGCGACGUAUUUCAAAACUUAUCCAUGCUCUUGAAAAUAAUCAGAGAUUCGAUGAAAUUGAUUCAGCAGCAGAAAAUCGCGUAGCCAUUGAAGAGCCUGUUUGUGAAGUGAAACUGACUAAGAGAACUAUAUCCCAAUUAACCGACGAAGACACAGACAUGAAACCAGAAGACAUUCCUAAAACUGACCCCGAUAAAAAGCAUGUCUACUUCUCUGAAUCUGUUGGUACAGAGGAGGGAAAAUUCCACAAGAAAUCUUCUAAAACUGAUACAUUCCAUUCCACAUUCAAAACCAUAGAAUUUGCUUCUAGCACCCAUGCCGUUGUAGAUAUACAAAAUAUAGUAAAGACCACGGAGUCCCGCGAAGAACGCGAUGAAGUAGAAAAAGUUCGGUCCAUUGAAAGAGUUCAGACUGAAGUCACAGAAACAACAGAUCACGAACCGUCCCAGAAAAUUACUUCUCAAGUUGAAAAGUCUGAGAUCAAGGAGUUGACUAAGCAUACAGAACAAAUUGCAAAUCAACAAACAAUUAAAACAACUCACCAGUAAUUCAAACAGUACAAGAUACUACAACAAAAGAAUACGCCGAAGAAAGUUCAGAAUUUAAAGAAGACAUAUUUAAUAUAGUCUCUAUGAAAACCAGAGCAAAGGUAACAGCCGAAGAAAUCUAUGUAGCAGCAAGACAAGAAGAAACUUUAGAAACACGUAAAUCACCCAGUCCAGACAAACCAGAGAGGGUCACCGACAUUGUAGAUGAAACUAAACCUUUGGAAAGUCCUGAAAAGAAGCCUUCCCCUGAACCAAUGAAAAUUGAGACAGUUUCAAAGGCAAUUGUUGAAGAAACAAUUGAAAUCAUUGAGAAGAAAGCUUCUCCAGAACCAGCGAAAAUUGAGGAGGUCAAGGAAGACAUUAAAUCAAGUGAAAUUCCUGAAAAGAAAACUUCUCCUGAAGAAGAAAAAAUUAAGGAGAUUGUAGAUGAAACUAAACCUUUGGAGAGUCCUGAGAAGAAGCCUUCCCCUGAACCAAUGAAGAUUGAGACAGUUUCAAAGGCAAUUGUUGAAGAAACAGUUGAAAUCAUUGAGAAGAAAGCUUCUCCAGAACCAGCGAAAAUUGAGGAGGUCAAGGAAGACAUUAAAUCAAGUGAAAUUCCUGAAAAGAAAACUUCUCCUGAAGAAGAAAAAAUUAAGGAGAUUGUAGAUGAAACUAAACCUUUGGAGAGUCCUGAGAAGAAGCCUUCCCCUGAACCAAUGAAGAUUGAGACAGUUUCAAAGGCAAUUGUUGAAGAAACAGUUGAAAUCAUUGAGAAGAAAGCUUCUCCAGAACCAGCGAAAAUUGAGGAGGUCAAGGAAGACAUUAAAUCAAGUGAAAUUCCUGAAAAGAAAACUUCUCCUGAAGAAGAAAAAAUUAAGGAGAUUGUAGAUGAAACUAAACCUUUGGAGAGUCCUGAGAAGAAGCCUUCCCCUGAACCAAUGAAGAUUGAGACAGUUUCAAAGGCAAUUGUUGAAGAAACAGUUGAAAUCAUUGAGAAGAAAGCUUCUCCAGAACCAGCGAAAAUUGAGGAGGUCAAGGAAGACAUUAAAUCAAGUGAAAUUCCUGAAAAGAAAACUUCUCCUGAAGAAGAAAAAAUUAAGGAGAUUGUAGAUGAAACUAAACCUUUGGAGAGUCCUGAGAAGAAGCCUUCCCCUGAACCAAUGAAGAUUGAGACAGUUUCAAAGGCAAUUGUUGAAGAAACAGUUGAAAUCAUUGAGAAGAAAGCUUCUCCAGAACCAGCGAAAAUUGAGGAGGUCAAGGAAGACAUUAAAUCAAGUGAAAUUCCUGAAAAGAAAACUUCUCCUGAAGAAGAAAAAAUUAAGGAGAUUGUAGAUGAAACUAAACCUUUGGAGAGUCCUGAGAAGAAGCCUUCCCCUGAACCAAUGAAGAUUGAGACAGUUUCAAAGGCAAUUGUUGAAGAAACAGUUGAAAUCAUUGAGAAGAAAGCUUCUCCAGAACCAGCGAAAAUUGAGGAGGUCAAGGAAGACAUUAAAUCAAGUGAAAUUCCUGAAAAGAAAACUUCUCCUGAAGAAGAAAAAAUUAAGGAGAUUGUAGAUGAAACUAAACCUUUGGAGAGUCCUGAGAAGAAGCCUUCCCCUGAACCAAUGAAGAUUGAGACAGUUUCAAAGGCAAUUGUUGAAGAAACAGUUGAAAUCAUUGAGAAGAAAGCUUCUCCAGAACCAGCGAAAA